AUGUCAGAUAUCAAUGAAGAGGAAGAUGAGUCAUCCAAAUUUUUAAAUAACUCUGAUUUGAUGGAUGAUAAUAAUGGGUGCAGUGCAAAGAAAAAGAAAAGGAAGAAAAAACUGAAAGAUAAGGAUUAUCUGCAUAACACACUGAAUAGUAGUAAGGAUGGUUGCCAUGGGGAAGAGGCUGAUGCAGGUAUGGUUGUUAAUGAAGGGGCGGAUUUCAUUUCAAAAGAGCCACAGUGUUUAACAAGCACCACCCAAAAUCUCAACCGGAAGAAAAGAAAAAUCAAAGAUAAAUACCUUUCAAAAGAUGUACCACAAAAUGAAAGAGAAGGCGACGGAGGUACUAAUGAAGUCCAUAAUGAUAAUUGUAUGGAAAAUUCAGAUACAACUGAUACACCUAGUAAGAAAAAGAAAAAGAAGAAGCAUCAUACUAAAGAAGAAGAUUUACAAACCGAGGCUUUAAACGUAGAUAGUGACUUUUUAAGUACACUAAAAGAAUCAGAAACUAUAAUUCCAAAAAAGUUUCAUAAGAAGAAAAGAAAACAUAUGACAUCGGAUGAAACCAGUCCAAAUGUAAAUCUCAAUGAGAGUUUUCAAAAAGACAAAACCGCUAAAGACCUUUCAAAAGAUGAUCUACAUGAACGUAUUCUCACCGAAGGAAGAGAAGUUGACGGAAGUACUAAUGAAGUAAAUAAUGAUAAUUGUAUGGAAAAUUCAGAUACAACUGAUACACCUAGUAAGAAAAAGAAAAAGAAGAAGCAUCAUACUAAAGAAGAAGAUUUACAAACCGGGGCUUUAAACGUAGAUGGUGACAUUUCAAGUACACUAAAAGAUAAAGAAACUAUAAUUCCAAAACAGUUUCAUAAGAAGAAAAGAAAACAUACGACAUCGGAUGAAACUAAUCCAAAUUUAAAUGUCAAUGAGGGUUUCCAAAAUGACAAAACUGCUACAGACUUUUCAAAAGAUGUUCUACAUGAAUGUAUUGUCACUGAAGGAAGAGAAGGAGAAGGAAGAGAAGGAGAAGGAAGAGAAGGUGACGGAAGUACUAAUAAAGUCAAUAAUGGUGCUGUGGAAAAUUUAGAGACAGCUGAUAUACCAAGUAAGAAAAAGAAAAAAAAGAAGCAUCAUACAAAAGAAGUAGAUUCAAUCAAAGGAAGGGAAGAUGAGAAGAACAUUAUAUUAUCUCUGCAAAGCAAGGCUUUAAUGGUAGAUAAGAAGAAAAGAAAAGAUAUGAAAUUUGAUGAAACCAAUCCAAUUGCAAAUCUCAAUGAUAGUUUCCAAACAGAUGAAACUGCUACAGAUUUUUUUCAAAAUUUACACCCAUCCAAAAAACUUAAGAAAAAACAUAAAUCGUCAAAUGAAAAUCAUUUAUCAAAGCCCUCUCUGGAAAUUUACAAUGGCAAUGGUGCAGAAGAUAAAAAUGAAAACGUCCCAAAGAAAAAAAAUAAAACCCAUAGUAAUAAGCUUAAUUGUUACGCAGAUAUUCCACCUAAUGACUGUAGUUUAGAAAUGGCAGCUAACAAGCUUUUGGAAAGUAAAAAAGAAGGCCAAUGCUCCACGGAAAAACCGGACAUUGAAAUUUCGGGAACUAUCGACAGUAAUUCAUUAGCAAAGGAACCCAGUAAAAGCAAAGCUAUUUCUGAAAAAUUGAAAGAUAAGAAAAGAGUUGACAAAGCUACAUCGAAGAAGAAGGAAAAGAAAGUUAAGAACAACUCUGAAACAUUGAAAAGCAAAUUACUUAAGGAAACCUUUGGUAAACACAAAAAAUCAAAAGAUAACCACCUAAAGUCAGCCAAACACAAAAAAGUUGAUGAUUUACAAAACCAAUUGUUGAAACAGGCUUUGGGGCGUUUAGAAAAGCCGGAAAGUAUACAAAAGUCAAACAAACCUCAAAUGAAGACUGAAGAAAAUGUCAAUGACCUUAGAAAAAAUUUUCUGUCAGAAGCUUUUAGCACCAUUAAAGAUUCUAAAGAAAAGACUGCAAAACUUAAAGCUAAAGCCAAUAUUCUUGAAAAUAAAACUCUUAAAAAAAGUAAAAGCGAGGAUAAUAAAACAGAGGUUAAAGUGAAAAAUAACCAAAAGAAAAAACGUGAGGUGAAGGAAAAUAAAAUAGAUAAACUGACGGAUGUUUUGAUCUCAAAAGCAUUAGAAAAAGUGUCGAGUUCUGGCCGGCCAGACACAGAACCAGGCAAGGCGGGGCGCGACAGGGCAUUUUGCCCCGGGGCGUCUUGUGCGACGGGAAUUGCACGGGCGCUUAUGGAGCUCCACACACAGGACCGGGCGAGGCAGGGCACGUCGAAAAGACGCCCCCGGGCGCCCUCAGGGCAAAAUGCGAAGGUCUCCAAAAUUAUGCCCCGAGGCAAGUCGCUGCCGGGCAGAACUUUCUGCGCAUGCGCGGUCAUGUGA